AUGUAUAUGUUUUACAUACUGCAAUGGAAACUAGAGCGCGAGUUCAAAAAAGAGGACUUACAAAUAGCAGCAGAGAAUACAUACAUCUUGGCACUGGAUGGCGACGUUGACUUUGAACCGGAAGCUGUGCUUAGCCUGAUGAGGCGGAUGAAUAAAUCAAAGAUUGUAGGAGCUGCAUGCGGAAGAAUUCAUCCAAUAGGAACAGGACCAAUGGUAUGGUAUCAAAAGUUUGAAUAUGCAAUUAGUCAUUGGUUACAGAAAGCAACAGAACACGUGAUUGGCUGUGUAUUGUGUAGCCCUGGGUGUUUCAGUCUUUUUCGUGGAUCAGCUAUUUUGCAUGCAGAUGUAUUGGAGACAUACACAAAAGUACCAACAGAAGCUCAACAUGUUGUGCAGUAUGAUCAAGGUGAGGAUAGAUGGCUUUGCACGCUUUUGUUGAAAGAGGGUUGGAGAGUUGAAUACUGCGCAGAAUCGGACGCUUAUACAUUUGCACCAGAAAGUUUCUAUGAGUUUUACAAUCAACGUCGACGUUGGUCACCUUCAACCAUGGCAAAUAUCUUAGAUCUGAUCGUCGACUGGAAAAAUGUUACGAAGAAAAAUGAAAAUAUAUCUUUCCUGUAUAUAGCGUACCAUGUUUUCCUCUUUGUAUCCACGCUGUUAACUCCGGGAACAAUAUUCAUGCUUAUACUAGGCGCUAUAAUUGUUGGAUUUGAGGCUAUCCCUCCAUGGUUGUCACUGAUUCUGAACCUGGUACCAGUUGGAGUUUUUCUACUGAUGUGUCUGUAUGCUUCGACUCAGAGACAGCUUCAAUUUGCUGCAAUUCUAUCCUGCAUAUAUUCCAUCGUCAUGGCGAUUGUUUUGAUUGGUGUAAUCAGAGACGCUGUAAACGACGGUUUGUGCUCAGUGACUACCAUAUUCAUAAUGUUUGUCGCAGGCGUUUUUGUUGUUUCUGCUAUUCUGCAUCCACAGGAAUUUCUUUGUUUAAUACCAGGACUUCUCUAUUUUCUCGCUAUCCCGUCAAUGUGUAUGUUAAUGUUUCUGUAUUCCAUUGGAAACCUACAUGUGGUAUCAUGGGGUACCAGAGAAACUAAGCAGGAACCUAAUAUCAAAACCCAGAAGGCAAAACAAACUCAAGAAAAUGAUGAGAAGGGUUACUUCUGUUCGUUAGGUAGUUUUUGUAGCUGUAUUGUCUGUCCUACCAAUAAUUAUACACAACAAGAUUUUCUGUAUAACAACAUGUUGAACAAGAUGAAAAAAAUGAUAAACAUGGAGAAUCAUGAAAGUGUGUCAGGGGUUAGCCAAGGUCAAACUUUGCUGAAUCAAACACAAAGAGAAACUGAUGAAAUUCAGAAUGAAGAGAAUGCAGAGACAGAAAAUAAGGGUGCUGGAGUAAAAAUAGGGCCAACAGAUUUUCUAUGCAUGCUGUACCAUAGAUUUUCAACACUAGUGCACAUAGCUGCUAGUACGAAUAUCAAAGACAACCAAAAAACUAAAAACACAAACAUUCAUAAUCAAAUGGCCGAUUUGAUGACGAAAUCUGUGAUCGAUCCACAACCACAACAAGCGAUGACGUCAGACAAAGAUAGAACUCUAUUGGAUAAAAAUAGGUCAAUGAUGAUGAGUAUAACCGAACGAAACAAAACAAAGUUUGCACAUUUGAGUGACGUAGUCGAAGAAAAUCAGAAAAUGUUACGCCAAGUAGUCACGGAAAACCAGAAGUUAAGCCUUGAAGUCGAUAAACAAAAGUUUGGAGAUUAUUAUAUAAAAAAUAAGGAGGUUUCACAGAAAGUUCUUAACAGAUGGGCAACUUUUUCAAAAUCUAAACCCAAAUCUAGGAACGAGACCGAAGCUAGUAUCAUAAAUGAAGAAAGCACUGAACAAAUUGACCUUGAAAAACAACAACAAAUAUCCAAUGACAAAAUGUUUGAAAAGAGAAAGAGACAUGGAAACAAAGUUACGGCUGGUGUAAGAGAAAAGAGUCUACAUGUUGUUUCGGUAUCUAGUAGUGAUGAAGAUAAUGUAGACCUACCUUCUAAGAGAAAUCACCGCAAAGUAAAAAUUCCGAAAGGAACUGAUGACACAGUUUGA